CACAUUCACAAGUAUCGUUCGAGCACUUGCAUUAGCGAAGACUGGUGAUUGCUGUCGCAAAAUUAUAAUUUACUAACCUAUUAACAUUUGAAGGCGUAGACAAGAGCAACGGUCGAACAUUUGCUGUUCCUUGGCCAUGCCGGACGACACACAAGAAGCCAAGGCGCAGAAACUGGCCGCUGCACGAAAAAAGCUGAAGGAGUAUCAGCAACGCAACAAUAACAAUAGCGGAGCUGGACCGGAUGAGAUACACACAGCCUCAUCGACGACCAGCAUUGCGAGCAACAUUUCAGAGCGAUCCGAUGCCGAGUUGAAUGGUGGCGGCGUCACGCAGCCGUGCUCGUAUGCGUCCAGCGGAGAGGCCACUCAGGGCGCAAACGCCAGUACAACAACAGCAGCAACAGCACUGCCCACAGCAGCUGCCUUCUUUGGCCACGCGGAGUCGGCAUACAAUGGUGAUGUUGCAGCGGCUGCCAAUCUCAACGCUAUACAAGUACUAAUUUCGGAGAAGGCACAACUGACCACAGAACUGACCAAAAGCCGUAGUGCUUGCCGCGAACGCGAGCUCGAGCUGGAAGAGCUACGAACAGAAUAUGCUAGCAGCAACCAGCGAUUGGAGCAAGUGCAGCAGCGAGUGCUGGAGCAGCAACGCAGCCAUGAACAUCUGCGCAAUCAAAACGCCGAGCUGCAGCACAAGCUGGCGCUGGCACAUGCAAACAUUGAAGAUCAGCAAACACAUGUGUCGGAGCUGGAGGCCCAACUGAAACAAUUGGGAGAAUCCCAUAGUGAGGUAACGCAGCAACUGGCCACUAAACGCAAUGAGCUGGAGAUGGCUGAACUACGCAUACGACAACUGUCGGACGAGUCGAACAUCAAUACAGACAAUCGUGUUGAGACGCUCACCCAAACGCAAUAUAUGUACGAGCAGCAAAUCCGGGACCUGCAGGCGAUGGUAACACAGCUGACCCAAGAUAAGGAGCAGGCCAACACACAGUACCAGAACUAUGUGCAGCAUCAGAGCAGCGAGAUCGCCAAGCUGAACGAGCGCAAUAUUGAAUUAAAUGAGGAGUUGGUGCAGCUGCAACAACGGGAGCAGCAGCUGGUGGAGCACGUAAGCACACUAGAGCGCGAUAUACAGAAAAACCUGACACUGCAAGCGCAAUAUAAAGAGAACAGCAAGCAAGUGGAGGAGGCGGACACUUCGAAGGCGGAGCUCAGCACGCAACUCGCUCAGUUACAGGAGCGUCUCAAUGAUAACGAAUUCGAACGACAUGAAUUUCAGUUGAAAAUAAAAUCGCAGGACGAUCAAUUACAGCAGAAGGAGGAGCAACUCCAGGAAAAGAGUGCAGCACUUGUUGAACUGGAAAAACAAUUGGAAAUGCUGCAAACGGAACAGCCCGAUCAGGUGAAGCUCUUAGCCACUAUGGAGUCGGACAAAGUGGCAGCAUCACGGGCGCUAUCACAAAAUGUGGAAAUGAAACGGCAGCUAGAUGAGCUGGAGCUGCGCUUUGUCCAAUUGACCAACGACAAAGCAGAGUUGGUGAAUAAACUGGAUGCCGAAGAGUUUGCCAAUCGGGAUAUGCGCCAAAGUUAUGCGGCCAUGCAAGAACGGCUGGAGAAGAACGAGGAGCGCUUUAAGUUCAAAGAUGAGGAAAUGAUACGUUUAUCGCAUGAGAAUGAGGAACUCACGCGCAGCCAACUGAUGCUACAACAACAAUUGGACCGCUUGCGGCACUAUGAGGCCAAGGCUUAUCAUAAUCAUACUGAAGAAGUGGUGGCGCAGUUAGACAAAACCUCUACGGAGCAGGUUGCAGAAGGUGUUGAGGCCACGGAGGCGCAUGAUCAUAAUCAUGAUCACAAUCAUGAUCACAGUCAUGAUCAUGAACAUAAUCAUGAUCAUAACCAUGAUCACACACACAAUGCGCAUGACCAUGGGCAUCACCACGAUCACGAUCAUAGCUGCACGCAUUCCCAUCACCACUCAAGUGAGCCCCCAACUUCAGGUCUUGAUCAGCUUCCUACCGCCGAGGCUGUGGAGAGACUGCAAUCGAGAUUUACGCACCUUAUUAGCAAAGUCGCCGACCUCACCGAGGAGAAACAAAGUCUAGAGCAUCUGGUGCUGCAGUUGCAAGGCGAGACCGAGACCAUUGGCGAAUAUGUUGCGCUCUAUCAGACCCAGCGUCGCAUGCUUAAGCAGCGCGAGUACGAAAAGGCGGCUCAAAUGCGACUUCUGCAAGCUGAACGCGAGCAAAUAAGAGAGAAGAUCGAUAUGCUCAACAAUCUGGUGGCCAGCUUGGGUGUGGAGUUACCGCACCAUCAACAGUUGCAUCAACGUUUGCAGGAGGCGGCGACUAUGGCGGUGAAAGAAGCGGCAACGACGGCAACGCCUCCAGAGAUGGAGCAAGUGCAGCAGCAAUCAAAUGCCACACAAGACUCACAGCAGAUACUGCACAAAAUACAGGACAUCAUUACAGAAAUGAAGGAAAAUGCCGAGCAGGCUCCUGUUGUACCCAGCGUACCACAUGCUGUGGAUCAUUUGAAUUGCUGCCUGGGCAAAUUCGAAGUUGUGUGAGGCCAAUACUAGCCCCAAUCCUCGGUUUUCAAAAGUGCAAUUAAUAUCUAGCUGCAAGAGUCACGUACUCGUAUAUUCCAAAUUAAACAAUUAUUGUAUAUUUAGCACGAUUUUCUUUACUGCUUUUGUAUAUGUUAUUCCAAAAAACACAAAACUAAAUCAAAUUUAAUGGUGCGCUUGCUUACAGUCUAAUAGGCUUGCAACACCCAUGAGCAUAUUUAUUAAAAACACACAUUAUACAUUGACUAUUACAUAAAAAAAAAUAAAGUGAACCCAAUACAAUGUCUACAUGAA